AUGUCGACGAGAAGUGCUGCGACCGGAGCAUCAGGUACCUCAUCAACAACAAAGCGAAGAAAAUCCAGGCGUAGUGGAAGCGUCGGAAGCAGGGGAAGUAAAGGUAGUAAAGGCAGUCGAAGCAGUAGAAGUAGCAGAGGUAGCAAGAACAGCAGAGGUAGCAGAAGACGCAGAUCAUCCAAAGGCACCGGUACCAGUACCCCCACUAGAAACCGCAGGAAUCAAGCCUCGAAAUCCCCUAGCUCCGGGAGUACAUCCAGACGCAGUAAAAAACGCAGUCGAGACAGAAAAAGAAGAGAUCGUGAUGAUGACGAUGACGACGACGAUGAUGAUGAUGAUGACCGAUCCGAACGAAGUCGUCGCAGUCGCAAGAAGAAACGCAGCAAGGGCCGGUCAUCACGGCGGUCAUCCUCUGACUCUGGCAGCGACGACCGCAGUCGCCGCGGGUGUAGUAAAUCCUGCGAGCAUAAAAACAAGAACAAAGCUACCGGUAACUCCUACGUACAUGUAAUAGACAAGAGUGUACUGUGUCAGUCGCCAUUAACUUCCGCUCUGCAGCAGGCAGCAGCCUAUAUCAAUGUGGGUAAUACCCAAACAACUAAAUUAUUGGAGUAUCCCCCUAAUACACCGCAGUGCAAACCUGAUUGUCCUUAUAAUUGCAAGGUUAUUAAAAAUGCACCGUGUCAGAAGAAUGGCGGCGCGGCGGGGACAGGCUGUAACUGUUGUAAAUAA